AUGGAAUUAACGCUGGAAAAGAAGCUGCAGGGAUUCCAACUGGUGGCCCAGGAAAAGCUCCAAGCCAUACUGUGCUCCAUACCCGGCAAAAAGGAGCUGAUUCUGGAGCCCGCUCUCAUCAAACCGCUGGAACACGUCUGCACUGCCUCCUGGUUAAAACUUAAAGGUAUACAGAGGAUAUACAAGCACGAUGCCAAACAGAGUUUGCCACGCGCCGCGGAUGAGGUGCACAUCUACAUGAUACGCAGUCUGUUGGGCACAUAUCAGACCCUCCUGCGGCAGCUGCAGCCCCUGGCCAUGGUGGAGACGCCCGACGUAUUCCUAAAGAUGUACCACAUCAUCUGUGUGCCCAGCUGCUACACGUACUACCAGACUCUGCUCGAGCAGGCGGGUCUGUGGGGCCUGGUGCAGCUCCAUCACUACAAUUGGGAUUUCAUUUACUUCGAUCAGGGUGUCCUCAGCAUGGAGUUGCCAAAUUUGUACGAGUGCCUGUACCUCCAGGGUGAUAGUUCGCCCCUGCCGGCCGUGGCUCAGAGCCUGCGGCUCCUUCAAAUGAUCUGUGGCCCACCGGCGGUGAUACUCAGCUUUGGCUCACACUCAGCGCAGCUCCUGCAAAUGCUGCAGGCCCUGGGCAAGCUGCCGGAGUCCAGCAAUCCCCCCGAUUAUGGCGGCUGGCUGAUCAUCGAUCGGGACAAGGACUAUCCCUCGAGCCUGCUCACCCCCGCCAUCUAUGCGGGUCUGCUGCUGGAGGUGUUCCAGCAGCGAGCGGGCGAAAUUGUGGUAGACAAUUCCAAGAACAAGAUCAGCAGCCAACGCGUGGAGCUGCUGCAGAGCAAGCAGUCCUCAAAGGGGGCCAGCAGCAAACCCAUCUCUGUGCGCCUGAACUCCGCCUCCGACGAGAUCUAUGGCGACAAUCGCUACAAGCACUUUGCUCAGGCCAGCAGCUGGAUACGGGCCCAGGUCAAGGCCUUGGGCUUGGAGCUGCAGAAAUUGAACGACAUGCAGCUGGAGGAGAUGCACGAUUACGUGGCACGUAAGCUGCCCAAGCUCACGGAACUCAAAGCCAAAGUCUUGCGGCAUUUGAAUGCCAGCGAAAUCGUUAUCCAAAUGUUGGGAAACUUUCGCAGACUUCAAGCCCUAGAGGAGGAUAUCCUCAAUAAUGUGUCCAGGAAGCGCCUGCUGGGGGAUAUUGAUGAACUGUUGACGACCGAUGGCCAGCGCUACAAUACCCUGCGACUGCUGUGCCUUCUCCAUCACUGCGCGGGCGUGGCCCCCGAGGAGCUGCAGACCUUUGCCAGGAACUACUGCAACAUGUUCGGCCAUCGCGAGUUGGGGGUGUUCCAGCAGCUCGCCCAAGCGGGUCUGCUGCCCCAGCUGUUGCCCGAAAAGAAGGCGCCCACCAAGCUGCUGGCCAAUCUCCCAUUGCCCAAGUUCCAGCAAACCGAGUUCCAGGCAAAUGCCAAUCGCUUGAAGCUGCUCACCUCCUGCGGCGAUGGUCCGGAUGGUGCCGCCUCAUCGAAGGAGGUGCAGUCCUGCCCCAGUUUCGUGUUCAAUGGCACCUACAUCCCCCUGGUGGCACAGCUGUGCUCCAUUCUGCUGCGCGCCAACACCGCUGAAGAGUUGUCCACAAAGCUGGCCAUGAUCGAGGGCAUGCAACUCCAUUUGGACAGCAACAGACAGACGACGCCCAAGGCCUAUGCUGCACAGCAAAAGACACAGCCACCAGGUCCUGCUGCUGCUGCCUCUAGUGGGGCGGAUGCCGAUGUGUUUCCCCUGCGACUACGUAAUCUCUUUGUUUUUGUGGUCGGCGGGGCCAACUAUGCGGAGAUAGCCGCUUGUGAUUUCAUCUCCAAACUGACGGGUGCCCACAUCACAGUGGCCUCCGACUCUCUAAUGGCGGGAAGCGAUCUAAUCGCCGCUGCCUUCAGCAACUGAAGAAUUUCUCACAGAUAUCUUUAUUUUAUAUACAAUUUAUAUUUUUUAAUAAAAGAUUCAGACACCACCCUUCA